AGUCGUGUCACAUGACCUAAAUCCAAGAUGGCAUACAUAUCUUUACCGUUGAAAAAAACUUGGGAAGUAGACUUUGAGAAGCCUUUGCGUCAGUUCAUCAGUCAAACCUUUGAAAAUAUUCAAGAGAGCGAUUAUAAAUCUCCUCUGCAGGAUUUGAAUCGUUUAAGGCAGAAUGUUGUCUCAAAAUGGAAUGAUAAACACGAAUCAGCGUUAGAAGUAUUAUACAGAUAUUAUGAUCAACUGAAGGCGAUUGAAGCGAAAUUUCCAAUAGCAGAAAAUUCUGUCAGAAUAAAUUUUAAAUGGCAGGAUGCUUUCGAUAAAGAAUCGCUGUUUUCGGGGAAAAAAACUCUUACUAUAGCAUCUGCAAGAUACGAGCAAGCUUGCAUUCUUUACAAUAUAGCCGCUCUGCAAAGUCAAAUUGCUGCUUGUCAAAACAUUUCUAGUGAAGAUGGAUUGAAAACUGCAGCAAAAUUUUAUCAACAAAGUGCUGGAAUUUUGAAUUAUCUUAAAGACAAUAUUUUGUCAAUGCUGCAACGUGACCCAACAUUGGACAUUAAUCCUGAUUCUCUUUUAACACUUUCUAAUAUUAUGCUUGCCCAAGCUCAAGAUGUUAUUUUAGCUAAAGCCACCGAUAACAAAAUGAAACCCAAAGCAUUGGCAAAGUUGUGUAUGCAAGCUUCGGAUUUAUACGCAGAAGCUUUGCGCAUGUUACAACUACCCAGUUUGAGAGAUAUGUGGAAUAAAGAUUGGAUUAAUUCAGUUGCUGGAAAACAGGCAGGAUUUCAUUCCUUAGCUGAAUACUAUCAAUCUCAAGUUGCUAAGGAGAACAGAGAAUACGGAGAAGAACUCUCUAGGUUGAAGCAGGCAAAAAGUUUAAUGAUGGCCUCUGAAAGUAGGGCAGGAGCAGGUCUUUUCCCCUUUGGUUCGGAUUAUCAAAGAAUAUCAAAAGCUCUUAAAGAUGCCGAAAAAGAUAAUGAUUUUAUUUAUCAUGCAAGAAUUCCAGAUCAUGGAAAUUUAGUAACAAUUGAGAGAGCUGCGGUUGCUAAACCAACUCUAUUUAAUGACUGUGACAAACUAUCAGAAAGAUUUUCCGAUUUGUUUGAAAAAAUAGUCCCAUUAGCUGUCCAUCAAGGAAUUGUUGUCUUUGAACAAAAGAAAGAUACUAUCGUUCAUGCUGAAGUUUCAAAAUUAAGAGAAGCUACUAAUACGCUAAAUGGAAUUAUGGCUUCUAUGAAUCUUCCGGCUGCAUUAGAAGACUCCGGUGGAUCGAAGUUACCUCAAUCUGUAUCCGAAAAAUCUGCAAAAGUCAGAAGUGAAGGUGGUAUCAGUGGAUUAGUUAACCAAAUGAAUGAGCUACCAAAAUUGUUGACGAGAAAUAAUGAACUUCUGGAAGAAAGUGUCAGAAUGUUGGAUGAGGAAGCACAAAGUGAUAAGCAGUUACGGGAGCAAUUCAAAGAAAAGUGGAAUAGAACACCGUCGGAACAAUUAACUAAGCCACUGAGACAGGAAGCAGACAAAUAUCGACUAAUAAUUGACAACGCCAUAACAGCUGACAAGACAGUCCGAGGAAAAUUAGCCAGAUAUGAAAGAGCUAUUGGUCUACUAAGUAAAUCAGAUGCAGAAAUUACUAAAGAAUUGCCAGCUGGAGGAUCCAUGUCCCUCAAAGAUUCCCCUGUUGUCAACGAAGUCAGACAACUAUGUUCAAAGGUUGAAACGUUGAAGGCGGAAAGACAAGCAAUUGAAGCAGAAUUAAAAGAGGGCAGGUCAGACAUUGUUGACCAAUUUACCAGAGCCCUUGCUGAAGACGGAGCCAUCAAUGUUGAGUCACUGUCAGAUUCUCAGUUGGAGAAAAUAUACUCUGAAUUGAGAAAUCAAGUUGAAGCCAGCAUUAGAGAUCAAGAAAGGAUUGUGGCGGAUUUGCAGAGAGUAUAUUCAUCUGCAGGAUCUGGUAACGCCGGAAGUCGAGAAGAAAUGCUAAAAGAACUGGCGGCUGGAUUUGAUCUAUUUGUUGAGCUCAAAGGAAAUUUGGUGGAAGGAACCAAAUUUUACAAUGACUUAACAGAAUUACUAGUUAAAUUCCAAAGCAAAAUUAGUGACCUGUGCUUUGCUCGUAGAACUGAAAAAGAGGAUCUUAUGGCAGAUGUACAAAGGAAUAUAAUUCAAAGACCAACCAGCGCUAAUCCCCCUGUUCAACCUAGUUAUCAAACACCAACAAGUGUUGGAGGUGAAAGUAAACCUCAGGCGCCGGCUAGACCUCCGCCGCCUAAAUUUCAAGCCCCUAAACCACCGACUAGGCCAAUCCCCCCCCUCCCAACUGAAACUACGACACCUCCAGAAAUAAAACCUCGACGUAAACCCCCUCCUCCUCCUGUACCUGCAGCUAGGGGAGGUGAAGGGAUGCCGCCAGCUUCAUCCCAACCUCCACCACCGCAAUAUCCUAAUCAGCCGACGGCUCCUCCAACAGCUCAGCCAGGAGCAGUUCCACCAUACGGCUAUCAAGUUGGAUAUGUGCCUAUGCCAAUGCCUGGAGGAUAUAAUCCGUAUUAUCAACCACCACCACAACAACAACAACAACAACCACCUUCAUCCGGAUAUUUACCAUAUCCUACCUACCCUCCUCACCAAUAG